GCAGCACUUGCUGACGUAUAAUUAUUCUAGCACUACACUUCCCAUUCAAGAGCAAACUCAAAAACCAUUACUCAAACCUCACACAUCCUACCGAACACAUAAUGAAGCUGUCUUUGCCUGUCUUCGCCUGCGUCAUCGCUAUGGCAGUCGCACAAUUUUCAACUAUCACCACCUCUGCUCGUGCUGAUGGAGUCAAGACAUUCCAGGGUCCGAAAAAAGUUGCAACCAGGGAGGAUGGGUCUACUGGAGAUACGACUUCGAUACGAGUGCUUCCCUCCACCACAGCGGUACCAUAUUCGAGCCAAGUCAGACAUCGUGGCUGGACGAGCGAGACCUGCUCCGGCAACGGAAAAUGCCCCCGCAAACUUCCUGACGGUGCUACAGCGGUGAUUGCCUGUCUUAGUAUUGUUGCAUUGUGUAUGCUAGUUGUUUAUCUUCUGCUUGAACGCAAAAUGUGUAGCUGUUGUUACCAGACCAAAGAAAUUGUGUAGAAUACUGGCUAUCCACAUGUGUAAUUCUUCCUGCUAUUUGUAUGUUCUUGUAGACGGAUGGACAAGCAAAUUCAUAGGUUGUUAGCUGGAAGCUGUCGGAAGAAAGUGGAUUUGAUCCAUCAUUGCGUUGGUCUGGGUGUCACACAUCAGUAUUAAAACUCGUCUUUGAAGGAAGGUUAUUCAUAGUAAACUCAUCAUCUAUGAAUGAGACCUCAAUUUGGCU